UGUAAAAAUUACAAAAACUAAAAAGGUGAAGAAGUGAAUAAAAGGAAAUAUUCGGAAACCUCGUGACGAUCCACAAUUCUGACUUUCUGAGAACCAGGCAUCGUUCGUCUCAUCUCAUAAGAGUAGGCGCUUGCUUCAAUCGCUGCAGGGCCUAUAAGCUAAGUGAGCGCUGAAGAAUAUGGAUAAGUUACAAGUUCAAGGAGAUGAGUCGGUUCUUUUACGCGUCACUCACUCCAACAUCAAGAGUUUUGCUUCUGAUGUUCGAUUCUCUUUACAGAUGACUGUAGAAGCUGUAAAAGAUAAACUAUGGAAAAAGUGUGGCACUUCUGUUGAGUCAAUGUGCCUCGAGCUUUAUGAUGAUGCAGGUGCUAAAGUUUCAGAUCUAGCUGAUAACACGAGACCCCUUGGUUUCUAUUCUCCACAAGACGGUUUCCGGCUUCAUGUCGUUGAUCUUGAUCCUUCAUCAGUUACGUCUGGUGGUUGGCUGGAAGAUACUUCCCUUGUAGAGAAAUACAAAAUUUCUGAUGAAGCAUAUAACAAACUUGAUGGCACUUACAAAAAGUUCAAGGAAAGAAUGGGAGUUCAACAUUCAAAUCUGGAGUCUAAAAUUUCAGACAACUACAUGGAGGACCUAUGUGCAAACAUAAAGGUGGGAGAUAGAUGCCAAGUUGAAGUAGGGGAGAAACGAGGCAAUGUCAAAUUUGUGGGUCAGGCAGAAACACUUGCACCUGGUUUUUGGGUUGGGAUCCAGUAUGAUGAACCUCUGGGGAAACAUGAUGGCAUGGUGAAAGGAAAGCGUUAUUUUGAAUGCCCUCCUCUUUGUGGUGGAAUGGUCAGACCAGAUAAAGUAAAGGUUGGGGACUUCCCGGAACAAGAUCCUUUCGAAGAAGAUGAAAUCUAAGUUGAGGCAACCUAUAAAAAGGUAUGCCAAAGUUUCUUGCGAUGUUUGAAUUCAUAUCUACCAAUGUAGGAAUAUUUUGUUCGGUUUUGAUUGAUGAGAUGAUAAUUGUAUUGGAAAUGAAUAUGUUCUGUGAUGAAACGGUGUGGUGUCUUCGUACGUAAAAUCACAAUUAUUGAUACGGGACUUAAGUAGGCAUUGAGCCAGUGCAGCUUUUGUUUGGUGGGGAUAAUGAGAGGGGUGUUGCUUGAAGACGAUUUCAAAUGUGUCAUAUCAUAUCAACUUUGUUUUCAUAUAAUUAAGUAGUACUAUAACUUUA